AAAAGUAGAAGACGAUAUCGGAAGUAAAUUAUUGAGAAAGUUUUAUUUUAAACGUCGAAAGAAAACAAUUGGAAAUUGUGAAAAUCAGUUUUCAGUGGUGAUAAUUCAUAUAAAGAAGGUGCCGCUAGUGAAGGAUUAGAUCCGCGGCAAUCAGUGCUUAUCCAGACAUCAUUUAGGGAAAGUUGCUACUUGCACAUAAGUACUCGCUAUCAAUACGCCAGGACAACGGAAAAAUCGGGAUGACGGAAGAGAUUGUUUGUAGUUCAUUCGGUCCAAUCGUGCAGCCGUUUGGAGUGGGGAACAGCUGUAUUUCGACGGUAUUCCCCAGAUUGCAGGCAGUGCUGGCAGUCAACUUCGUCCCGGCGUCUUGGAUUGCUUCCAUCGGGCUGUCGGUAACAAUGGACCACACUCAUAAAACGAGUCGAGGACUGCCAUCCGACAUCGGUGCCGAUAAACGAUGUUCUACCAAAGGCUGGCAGCGCUUGGUCUUCUCAUUGUUCGAUGACCGAUUACAACUGGUGUCCGAGAAAUGGGGCAAUUCGUGCAAUACACUAAAUUAUGAUCUCUACUGUCAACAAAUGGACCGUUUGAAGCUAGCGAUUGACCAGAAACGUUCAGGAUUGGCCAACAGAAGAGGUGUUGUGUUCCAUCAGGACAACGCAAGGCCACACAAUUCCGAGAGCUUGAUUGGGGUGUUUUAAUGCACCCACCAUAUUGUACGGACCUUGCACCAAACGAUUAUAACCUUUUUCUCGCAUUGGAAAAUCUACAGAGGGAUAGGAAACUGGGAUCAAGAGAAAAUUGUAAAAAUCUAUUGCUAUGGUUUUUCGUUAAUAAGGAGCAAGACCUGAUAGAGAUAUUAUGAAGCUACCAUUAGAAUGGCAACUGAAAUUCCUUUUUUCGGUUUUUUAGACCUUAGAUACAUUUUUUUUUAAUUUAUGAAAAAAAAAUAGAGAAAUACUAUUUUACAUUGAAUCGGAAAUCCUUUAUAUGUUAUAUAUGUUGUAGCUACCCGGAAGAUUAUUUUGAGUUGAACCUAUCUUUCACCAGGGGUAAGGAAG